GAGCUGCAGAAAGAACUGUCUCAGGUCAGGGCGUGUUGCUGUCGGAGCUCUACUUUUUCCGGUGGGGGGCAAACAGUCGUCUUUUUCAACGUUUUAGCGGACUGAUGUUCAAUCUACAGUAGAUAUGGAUUUCGACGCUUUGUUUAACGAAAAUACGUUUCAGUUUUCGGACUUCCAGGAGUUCACGUUUCUUCCUGGACACCAGAAGCUGAGUGAACGAGUGAGAAAGCGACUGUAUUAUGGCCUGGACAAAGACGUUUCUUUAGAUGCCCUCUCAUGCCCUGUUACAGAUAUCGCUGUUGAAAUAUUCCAGAAGUCUGCCCCAAGCCCAAUACGCAAGCUCCAGAAGAAGUAUGCCGCACAUGUUUCCAGGGAGGCUUGCAUCUCUCCGUGUGCCAUGAUGCUGGCUCUAGUUUACAUCGAAAGGCUCCGACAUAGAAACCCUGAGUACCUCCAAAAGAUCUCCUCCUCUGACCUCUUCCUGAUCUCCAUGAUGGUUGCCAGCAAGUACCUGUAUGACGAAGGAGAGGAAGAAGAGGUUUUCAACGAUGAGUGGGGAGCAGCUGGGAAGUUAGACGUCAAAACCGUCAAUAACCUGGAGAUUAACUUCUUGAAUGCCAUUGAGUGGAGCCUGUUCACGGAGCCAAAUGACUUAUUUGAUAUACUGAGUCAACUGGAAACCAGCAUUGCAGAGCGGCAGGGGAUGAAACGCGGCUGGUUCACUUAUACGGACCUCUGUGUGCUACUGGAGCAGUCGGCGUGGAGUCAAGCCCUCACAGCCAUCUACCAGCACUUUACCAAGGUUUCCUGUAUGCUGGGCCUGGUGUAUCUGACCAGUGUGGCUGGCCUCAUUGCCACCAGCGCUGUGCUGCACCAGCUCAGUCUCUCCAGAAGCGGCUCGUCGCUGCUCCCACCUCCAGCUGAGAUUAGCCCGGACCUUCAGACCGCCAACCCGACUGAAGAAGCUCCUUCUGCAGCCACGCGCCUCCCCUGUUGCGUUCUGGCCAACAAGAGUCUCAACCGCCAGACCGGUGCACUUGGAAUCGUCCAGGACCACUUACAAAGUCCCCCAUCGGCUUCCUCGCAUACCUCAGUACUGUGUCUCUGGGGCUCUCUCCUUGCCUCAAUGGGUCACAUACACCCUGAAACUGAUUCUGAUGUAGAAACCCCCCAAACCUGGUCUUCUGUCUCCUUCUUCUGUCCUGGCUGUCUCGCAUCCCUCCCUCCUCUUCAGUGCGGGCUUAGAAACACCUCAACAGUCUUCGCUCACGGCCCCGUUGAUAACCAUCGGCGUCAUGCACCGUGGCUGGCCCCCAGCCUCCUCGGAGGGGCGGAGUCAAGUCUGAACUCUCGCCUGGGGGUGUUUCCCCCUAUACAGCUGGGACCCUGCCACCCAAAGUCCAUGUUACCUGUCGAUAAAGCCCAAGCACUGAUCAUGCCCGGCUAGUGACCGGCAAAACUCCACUGCUGUCAACCUGUACGAAUGGACUCUGGAAAUGGAAACCAGCAUUGAUUCCAUGGCUCAUCCACUGCUUCAAGUCAUGUUUUGUUUACUUCUCCAGAUCUGAGUAUUGUUCACAGACAGAGUGCGAAUUUGACAACGCGGUAGAGGUGUCGCUCAGCACUGCAGAAUAGAGUUGCCAUAAAUACAAUGCCACAGUCGAUGCGCUGCAUCUUGUUUUUAAAUGCAGAGAAUAUCACAAGGAGUUUGAAGGUAGUUUGAUAUGUUUUGUCGGCCACAUUUAAUCAUUGAAGGUUCAGACCCCUCGGGUGGUGGUGUAGGGCCUUUGAGUUAUUAUAUUACAGCUGUAAUAUUUGCUUGCUGCUUGGCAAGUUGAUGAAAGUGUGUGGAGGUUUCACAGUUUAUUUUUUCAUGAAGGGGCUCUGUGAGAAGAAGGGACUAGACCAGUUUACUUUGUCUACUUAAUUUAGGCUCAUCCAUAUUUGCUUAGUAUGCAGUUAUUUUUCAUUCAUGCACGUCAAGCUUUAUAUCAGACAAUGGUCAUAACCAUGCAGCAAGCACUGAUAUUGUACACCAGGUUACUGUUAGUGAAACAAAGUGUAUUCAGGUGAAAGCAUCAAGGAAGGGAAGUAGACUUCAUACCUCGGUGUCACGGUCGUUGGCCACACUGAAAAAUAACCACCGACUCCUCCUAUUCUGCUCACUUAUAGCGUAAAAGGUCUCGUUUUUCUUUUAUGUGGGAACAGGAUGUCGCAUAAUCUUAAAGGCACUAAUAUGGUAAUGUGUGGACAUUUAAGAGGUCAAGCUAGAAGUUUCCCAUGCUCGAAUGGGAAUAGGUCUUUAUAGAGAGGAUGUGCUAUUUCUAUUGGGUUUGUGGCGGGUGUUUUUUGAAGUGAACUUCCUGCUACAGGCCAACAGCAGUGUUUCUUUGUUGGACAUUUCACUCCACCGUUACAGUGUUGGCAAGUGUGUCUUUUAAAUAGACUUCUGUUUGUGCACAGAGCUGUUGGAAGACGUUGACUUUAAUAAUCUGGAAAAAAAAACUUUCACAAACCGGCUCGGAGCGUUUGAAUUUGAUACAGCACGAAGUCCUUUCAUUUUGUACAAAAUGCAAAUAUUGUACAAAUCUGUAAAAAGAAAACGGGAGCUAAUAAAGGAAGCAUUUCUUUG